AUGGCAGCCUCGACCUCGACAGACCAGGGGCCGCACAGCCGCACCCUGCCGCGACGCAACGACUCGCUCCGAAGCGUCAGUACUGACACGACGUGCGUCCCCCAGAUUCAAGUCCUGCCGCCGACUCGAAAAGCCAAGCCGGCCAAGAUGCGGGAACCAAGAGACACUGGGUUUCCGGAACCCUUUGACGAACGUCGAAACACGACGCUCCCGCACCCCGACGCCGACCUGUCUCCCGACGCGACAAUCUCGCACGAAGAUGUUUCCGGGGAACGGGCACUGAAGCGCCACAGACUCUCAUUCUUGAACAAGCGCAAAAAGACGGUCAGCCACGGCUUCAUCAACCCGCAGUCGGAGGCUCUGUACAGCGGCCUGGUCAUGCCGUUGAUGAUGGGCAUCGACUCGUCCGGCAGAGAGCCCCCGAAGCUGGUCAGCCGGUCGACAUGGAGCCUGCGAGUCUCCAAGGACGGCGGCGAAAGCAUCCGAUCUUUGCGGAGAGACGGAGACGACGAGGAAACGCCCCCCACGUCGCCCGACGUUUCAGAGCACCGGGGGAAGAAAGGAUUCUUUGGCAGACUGCGGCCGAAGAGCUAG